CCCAUAGCUGGCUGAAAUCCAAAACCGUCAUGGCGACCUCCGAUGCCGCGGCGUGGACGGCGAAGCUCGCCGAAUAUCGGUCGCAGUACGAGCGCGUCCGAAAGUUAAUCGACGUCGACAGCGGCUCUGACCCUGCGACGGAACCGUAUAGGUCUAAGUACGAGGCCAGACGCAUCCUCAAGGAGCUGCUCGAAGACCUGGGGCGAGUCGAGUACGACUCGCCGCGCAAGGACUUCAUCCGAGCCGUCGCGAAGUACGAACUCGGGGUCAUCGCCACGGACACCGAAGAAGUUUCGCUCGGUCAAGAAUACCUGGAAGAAUGUCUGAGGAUUGUCGGCGAAGAGCGGUACGCGGAUCCCGAAAGCCGAUUGGUGGUGGUGGCCGCGCUCAAUCAGCUCGGCAUCGUUCACGUCAGGCGAGGAGACGCGCCCAAAGCGCUGGAGUACUUGAAGAAAGCCGAGGCCAUAUACGCCAAGGUGAGCGCUUCGCCCGAGGAGAUCGUGAGGACCGUGAACCUGACAGACCUCUUUGUUCCCGACGAUGCGGCGGAUCGAGCCGAGGCGACACAACCUGGAAGCUGUAAUCCAAACUUCGAGCUGGCGAACGCCCACACACUGUACUACUUGGCGCAGGUCUAUGAAAACUUGGGCGAGAAUGCCAAGGCCGCGAUGUACUGUCACAGCACUCUGAAGAAGGAACUGACCCUGGAGAAUUUCGACAGCAUCGACUGGUCCAUCAACGCCGCAACGCUGUCCCAGUUUUUCAUCGCCAGGGGAGAUUUCGGAGCGGGAAGACAUCUCCUAGCCUGCUCCAAGCACAUUCUCGACGUGUACCAGAAAAAGCUGGACGCCGAGGCGUUGACACCCGAGGAGAAAGCGGAAAAAGAGGACAAACUGCGGCAUAGGUUUGCAGAUGUGGCUCGCUGUUGGGCUAAGUACGGCCUCUUCCUCUUGAUAGCGUCGCGGGAGGAGCUGACAGAUACAAAGACGACGAGUGGCAGACAGAAUGGUUUGGGCACGGACAGCAAGCCUCACGUCCUGAUCAAGUCGCCGGAGGUGAGCCAGAUUGAAGACAGCAUCACCGACAAGCUGGUCACGGAUUUCGAAGGGGCACGGCCUGUCUUCCUCAAGUCGCAAAAGUGGCUCGAAGAUGCGAAGCAGUACUACACGCUCAAGGACCACGCGACCGAUUACAUCGAGAUCGUCCAGGAGAUGAGCAAGCUGUACAGGGAGCUCGCCACUUUCGAGCCCGCGCCCGACAGGAAGUGCAAGAUGCACAAGAGGCGCAUCGACAUGCACGAAGAGGUUCUGAAGGAAGUCAACCCACGGUACUACCUCGGAGUCUGCCGCCAGAUCAUGUUUGAGCUCGGCGAGGUCUACAGCGAAAUGAUGAGCCUGAAGCUCGCCACGUUGCCUUCGGCCGUCAAUCCACACUCGCCAGCCGUGAAGAAGGUCAACUCCAUAAUCGACAAAGCCAUUCGACACUACUUAUCAUUCCUUGAUACAGUCAAGGAUCCCAAUGGCAAGUAUCCGGAGAAGCUCCCAGAGGACCUUGCACGUCCUGUUCUGGUAGCACACUUCUACAUUGGCAGGCUUUACUCUAGCAUAAUAGCGCAGGAGCCCAGAGAGCAGUUCGAAAACUUUGAGAAGACAAAGGAGCACUACGAGUUUGUCCAGGACUACUGCAAGAGGGUUCCGGAACAUGAACACCUGAUGAAGGACGAGCUUCAGAUCAUGGCUGAACUCUUGAAGCUCAUUCCUGGGAAGCUACAGCAGAUGAUGAGCACAACCCUUUACUGAUCUAAUUUAUUUUUUGGAUCACAUAAGUUUGCUUCCUCUUGUUAGCUUGUGCAAUGUUGUAAUCAGUAGGACUUCCUAUUAGAGGCCAGUGUCAUUCUCAAAUAUAUGAGUACUCUAGCAUCACAUCUUGUAUCACAUCACCAUGGAGUCACUGUUGAAUAUGACCUUUCAUUGCUUUUCUGCAAUGCUGCAGCCUUGCUGCUAAAAGCUGUGGCAACUCAGUGUGCAGUGAUGUUGCCACAGAAACCAUACGAGAGUAUCCUUUUGCUCGCUCAUGAUCAACACAAUGUACGCUUGAAAUUCUGCUCUAUAUUAGAGCAUUUGAUGAGCACCCUAUUUAUUUAUACUGCUGCGUGGUUUUCCUUUUUAUGUGUGUGUAAUAAAUCCUCCACUCUUUGAUCUCA